GCGAUAACGUGGACUGCUGGAUGGAAAUUCAGCAUGGAAAGGGCCCGUGGGCGCCGCCUGUAUCCGGAAUUGUGCCUCUCGGCUCCACUCUCACUCUGGUCAUCGCCAUAAACGAUUAUCGAGGUGAGUUCGACAUGCGGGUCAAGUCGUGCGUGGCUUCGGACGGCGGCGGUCAUACGAUACAGCUCAGCGACGAGUUUGGCUGCGUGCUGAGACCGAAGAUGAUCAGCCGGUUUUUGAAGGCUCGCGGCUCGGACGACCGCGCGACCGUCAUCACUUAUGCCUUCUUCCAUGCGUUUAAGUUCCCGGAUGCAUUAAGCGUUCACAUCAAGUGCAAAGUGGAGAUAUGUCGACACGGUUGCCUGGAUCACUGUCAACUAAGCGGCUCCGUAGCUCAUUACAUUCAGGAGAGGAAGGAUCAGGUACGACCGCAAUAUGUAGACAGCACGUCAGCCUCUAUCGCCUCGAACGACGAUAAUAGUAGCGCGGACAAGGACAACGAGGACAGCACGGGCGAGGAUCAGAAUGACAAUUCUCUGUAUGACGACGUCAUACAGAACGGCGACGAGGUGGCGUCGAUCGGCGGGCACUUCCUAGACGUUGAGAAGUCCAUUCCAAAAGCUCAGGCGCAGAAGAGCAAUCGGUUACCGCCGAUCGUGACUGCCGAAACGCAACACGAUGACGAGGUUUCCCUAGACGAGAUCGAUUCGUCGAAGCCGCUUAUGGAACCAUCGUCGCCGGUGACCAAAUAUGACCAGAGCGAGCAAGAUCAAUUCCCACACGGGCCGCGGAAUCUCGAGGAGGAUGGAGACGCGAUGCCGGCUACCCCGCUCACCGGGAGUUCCGUAACCGCUCGCCGGAAACGCUCGGUGACGGUGACAGACCGGAAGGCGCGAAGCGCCGACGUCGGCGUCAGCGGUAUCUACGAGGUCAUCUCCGAGGCGGAUCUCGCCUUCAGUCCGGAUGCGCAUGCCGAGGCGGUGACAGUCUUCCAGGGUAGGAUACGCGAGGAGGUCGUGUACGGUAUCUGUUUGCCGAUGCCGGGUUUCAGCGCGCUCUUCAUCGUCGUCGCGCUCUCAGCAGUCGUUUCCGCCCUCGUUGCCGGCGCGAUGUUGCAUCGACUGCAGGCGCAGCGAGAGGCCACCGCCGGCAACAGGGAGAGCAAUCAGACCGAUGUGCACACCAGCAAUAACAACGGCUGGCUGUCGUACGGUCUGCUACGCGUACGUUGCACGGCGCGAACCGCUGUUCCGCAUAGUCCUGAGGAGCUGAAGCAGACGAACGCGAUAGCUUCGCAGGUCGCUGUUGAUCAGUCGGUCGAGCGAGGCUGACGAUCAGCUUUAAAGGUGCGUUUAAGGAGAGACAAUGUGCAAUAAUAUGCUGUACAAAGUAUCGUAAAUGCGUGCUCGAUUAUACUCUGUCGAGAGAACAAUCGGGUGCAACAUGUAGAGGUGGGGAGGAAGAAAACUAUCGGCAUUAAUUGUUCGAUUGUCUUCCUGCGAAUCGCGCGAUGACACCGAGCUCUCGCGAAUCGCAGUCGCCGAGGACCCCCUUUCUGGUAAAAUACGUAUGUAGUCUGAUCUUAGCGAAUCUAUUAGUUUUAGCGUUAGCAUUAGCUUUCGUAAUAUUGUGAAUAUCAUCUUGAUUUUCUUUGUUUCUAUAUUUUGGAAUUUUCAAGAAUUAAUUGAACACUAAUAAGUAUUGUUAUUUUGUC